UUUGAAAUGGAAUGUUUUUCCAUGUUGUUUAGAUUAGCCAAGCGAGUUGAACUCAAAGGCUGCGUGUUUUGACUACCUGUGCUGGUGUACGUGGUUAGAUUUUAUUGCGGUUAAGUGUAUUCAGUCAGUUGGAGUUAUUAGAUUUGUAGCCUUCUAAGUUGUUCUGCUGCUUCUUUUAUUCACUAUGGGGUUCUUCAAGUCAAAUCUUGGAAUCUGAAGCGUGUGAUUUGCCUCGAGAAUACGGCUAAGGAAGAUACCUUUCAAUUUACCUUGUCGUAUUAUUCCCAGGCGAGGAAACACUCGAACGCAAGUUUGGUUUGUGCUUUGCAAGUGAUUCUGAUUUCGCCCAUUAUGUAGAGUCAAAGUCGCGACGAAGUUCGUCUCUAAGCUAAUGGUGAUGUCCCCAACACAAUUCCAUUAUCUUUUUCACGAGCUAGUUUAUACCAAUCUAUUUUGUUACUCUCGACUCUUGUUCUUCCGGUACGGUUCGAGGUGUUUGGUGUUGUCCAAAGAAUAGGGGCCUGGGAAUAUCGAGGAAUAAAUGCAAAGCUCCCAACUUUUAUCUUGACAAUCUGCCUGCGGAGUACGGCCAUAAGCCAAGUUGUAAACCAGUUUAGACGCUGUCAUUCAGCUGUCAACCUAAGGUCCAUGAUCACGAAAAUUGUUUUCAUCCCAUUCAAAGGAAUAACUUCAUGACUGAAUAUUCAGUCCGUUGUGGUGGAACUGCGUUAGCGCUGCUGACAGACUUUGUGUUGUGCUAUCUUAAUAAUCCUCGCGUAGAUGAUGGUAAUUUUGCCACUUGGCAUAUCGUUACAUGGCUCCUUACAAAAUUGUGUUCAUUCGUCAUGGAGAAAGUGUUUAUAAUGAAGAAAAUCGAUUCUGUGGUUGGUACGAUGCAGACCUUUCAGGACAAGGUAUCAAGGAAGCUAUGCAAGCCGGCCAACUCCUCCUCGACAAUCACUUCCUCUUUGACGUCGCCUAUACAAGUGUUCUGAAAAGAGCCAUCAAGACUCUAAACUUUGUCCUUGAUAAACUUGAUCUCAACUGGAUACCUGUGAUAAAAACCUGGCGUCUAAAUGAAAGAAUGUAUGGUGCUCUUCAAGGUCUAAAUAAGUCUGAAACUGCUGAAAAACAUGGAGAGGCACAAGUUAAAAUAUGGAGACGUGCUUAUGAUAUAGCACCCCCUCCUAUUGAUGAAUCAGACAAGCGCUUCCCCGGUAAUGAAGCUAAGUAUGCUCUACUUGACUCUUCCUGCAUACCACGUACCGAAUGUUUAAAGGACACUGUACAACGUGUACUACCAUUUUGGUUUGAUACUAUUUCUGCCAGUAUAAAGAGUGGCAAGCAAGUUCUUAUCGUCGCCCACGGGAACAGUUUACGAGCGCUCAUUAAGUACCUAGAUAAUACAUCCGAUACAGAUAUUGUGGAGCUUAAUAUACCUACUGGUAUUCCACUAGUUUAUGAACUGGAUGCAAACUUGAGACCAAUCAAGCACUAUUAUCUUGCCGAUGAAGCCACAGUAGCAGCCGCUAUAGCACGUGUGGCAAACCAGGGCAAAAAGAAAUAAGGCGAAAAGGCUUGCGUAUGGACUAUUUCUUCAUUAUUCAUGUAUCCAGUGAUCAUUAACACAUGGUUUGAGUAAUUUUCAUCAUCUGUAGCUCAUAGUGAUGAACAAAUACCCUGUCCGAUUGUCCUUCCUUAUAAUCCUACUGUACUCAUUAAAUACUUUCUAAUUAUAUCAAUUCAGUUUUACAUAAUAAAGUCAUGAUACGGUCAAUACAUAUUACCAAAAAUAAACUAGAAUUUUCUGCAGUUGGGAUUUGGAGACCGCAAAAAUAUUACUGUAAUUUCGUGUUGGUCCACAUCACUGGAGGUAUGGUAUGUCUUGAAAGAAGAAUUUAAGUCAUUGACAAGUGAACUAAGUCAUGUCGGUAGUUGUCGACUACCUGGUUGGGGUCCCCGAGAUGAUAAUAUUCGAUGGUUAGAGACCUUGAAUGACAUGGCACAAAAUCGUUCGCAAUGGCGCCGGUGCAUUUAUUCUUUGUGUUCUCUCAAAUCUUAAUCUUCUGGAUUCUUCAACCCC